AUGGAGGCGGCAACUGGACUUCCGGAGAUGAUGGCGGCCGCAGGCUCUGGGGUCGGCGACGGGAGAGUCGGCAGUGUUCGAAGUUUUCGGCGGCCUCACAUAGAUAUACGAAGUGGUCGGCGUUUCAGUGAACUCGAUGAACUCAUUAGGCCUAUAUCGGUUUCCCAAAUAAAUGCCAACAGAGGAAUCGCAAUUCUCUUCCUGAUCGGCCAUCGGGAAAAGCUGAAAGGCCUCUACAUUGAGAGGCUGUUUUCCAGCAAGCAGCUCCAGCUGGCGGCGUUUUUUCUGUCUUUCCCUAGCCUUAUGAUUUUGAAACCAAUAGAAAACAUUUUUGCCUUCAAUUUUCCCGAACCUCCUCAGCCGAGAAGCAAUUUGCUGGAUUUGAUCUGCUGUGGGUGUUCUUGUCCCUUGUUUAUACAUUUCCUCAAGCGCUUGCAACUGCUCGGGAGUAGGGUUCCAUCUCGUGCUCACCAAUGGCACCCCUUCCAUCUCUCUUUUAACCCCAUAAUCACCCAUCACACCACCUACAAAACUUAA